GUGUAAUGGCGAUGUUGCUUAUGGCCCCCGCAAAGCUCAACUUUUUACAAAUCUUGCCAUCGUCCCCGUCAAGGAAGAGCCGUUUCUUAUUGAAGCCUGCACGUUGCGCACCACUCCCGCCAGUCCAGCAAAGGUUGAUGCAGGAAUUAUGUGUGAACCUUGCAACGGCAAAGGAUGGUUACUUUGUGAUUUUUGCAAAGGGCAGAAAAUCAAUGUGAGAGCUGAAAACAAUCGGAUCUACCGCCGAUGUCCAUCUUGCAGAGCUACUGGAUACAUCUUGUGCUCAAAUUGCAAAGUUUUCAAAUGUGUUACCUUCCCAAAUUCUACUGAUGGUGCGGACCUAUCCUUUUGAGCCUGUAAACUCUUCAGGUUUGCUGCUAGGAUGAUCCUAAAAUUUGGCCAGCAAUAUUGAACCAGAAACUAUGCGCAUGAAGGUGGAUUUACUUUCUGGUUGUUUUCUUCUCCUUCUGUGUCAAGAAGAUUGUCUUUGUGUGGCAUUUAUGUAAUUUAAUUUGCAUAUUACUAGUUGGAAAAGGAAAAGAAAUGAAAUGAUUGAGUUUAAACCUAAAGAAAA